CAUCCGUCACACUUGAGAAAACCCUACCUCCUUCAACUUCCAAAUCUCAAAGCCACCUCUCUCUCUCUCUCUCGCUCUCUCUAUCUCUCUCUCUGUUUUGGGAAAAUCGGAGGAAUGGCUUCGGCGCAGCAAACGAAGCUCCGAUGGGGGGAGCUGGAGGAGGACGACGGGGAGGACCUGGACUUUCUGCUUCCUCCGAGGCAGGUGAUCGGGCCCGACGAGAACGGUAUCAAGAAGGUCAUAGAGUACAGGUUCAACGACGAUGGCAACAAGGUCAAGAUAACCACCACCUCUCGGACUCGCAAGCUCGCCAACGCCCGCCUCAGCAAGCGCGCCAUCGAACGCCGCUCCUGGCCCAAGUUCGGCGAUGCAGUCCACGAGGACGUCGGUAGCCGCCUCACUAUGGUUUCGACCGAGGAGAUCCUCCUUGAACGCCCUAGGGCACCAGGUAGCAAACCAGAAGAACCGAAAGCUGGAGGAGACUCAUUGGCUCAACUUAGUAAAGGAGGUGCCGUCCUCAUGGUUUGCAGGACUUGUGGUAAGAAGGGUGACCACUGGACUUCACGGUGCCCUUACAAGGAUCUCGCUCAACCAGCAGAGGGAUUCGUUGAUAAGCCUGCUGUAUCAGAAGCCACAACUGCUGCUGCUGGGGCAACCAAGGGAACAUAUGUUCCUCCAAGCCAGAGAGCAGGGGCAGAGAGAACCGGAUCUGAUAUGAGACGCAGAAAUGAUGAAAACUCUGUUCGGGUCACUAACCUCUCAGAGGACACAAGGGAGCCAGACUUACUUGAGCUCUUCCGGCCUUUUGGUGCUGUAAGCCGUGUUUAUGUUGCUGUUGAUCAGAAAACUGGUAUGAGCAGAGGAUUUGGUUUUGUUAACUUUGUGAACAGAGAAGAUGCUCAGAGAGCCAUCAACAAACUCAACGGAUAUGGUUAUGACAAUUUAAUCCUUAGAGUCGAAUGGGCCACCCCAAGAGCAAAUUAAAGGACUGCGGUGACUCUCUCUCUCUCUCUCAACUACUAUUGAGGAUUUGCCUAGCUUUUCAUAAGACAUCUGACAUGUUUUUGGUGCUUGGCAAUUUCUGCUAAGAUGUUUUACGUUUAAUUAAUGUUUGUCAAGAUUUGUUGUGCCUUUUUGUAUUUCAAACUCGAGUACGAUAAUUGAUAAGCUAUCUAUCUACAUGGUCCGUGGGUGCUUUUUCACU